AUGGGCGUGCCAUGGUUCAGAAUCGCCAUGAUGAUCGCCAUGAUGUCCUCCGACGACGUCGAGGGCGUGUGCGCGAGCAUCGCGCACGUCAUCUUGAGUUGGUCCCUGCGCGAGUUUUUCGGCAUUUGCCAGCAAAUGAUCAUGAUUCCAAAGCUCGUGCGCGCUGGAAAGGUGCAUCCAGAGUCGUGGCGGCGCGCGCGCGUGCCGUAUGUUUCGAUCGCAUUUUACGGCGCGGUGUCGGCGGGCGUGCAGUGGGGGUUACACGCCGCGGGAAGGGCGAGAUUGGGAUACUUUUUGAUAAUCACCGCCGGCGUGCUUCCGGUGUUCAAAUGCGCGACGUACCCGUACCUGUGGCCGAUCGUGCCGUUUCUUGGGUUCAUAUUGCAUACGGUGUGGCGUUUGGAGGGCGUGCGCGAGCUUUUUGUCGGGUUGACGCUGUAUCAAGGGGUGAGCACGGCGCAAGAGGUGCGCGGGUGGUACUUUGGCCCGAACGCGUUUUGGUCGCUCGCCAUUUGGCUCGUAGCGUUCGCGGCGGUGAUGCCCAUACUGUUGAUAUUCGGCGCGGCAUAUUUUCAUUCGAAUUGGUUCGAGCGCGUAAUUCGGCGACGGAAGAAACCGGAGUACCAAAAGCUGUGGUGGUAUUUCGAGCAAUACGCGUCGCUGUUGGGAUACGAAACCGAGGAGGGUGAGGAUCCGUUUCGCGUGCUCGGGGUCAGUCGUACAUCGACGUCGACUCAAAUUCGUAAGAGAUUCAGAGACUUAAGCAUGAAGUAUCAUCCCGAUAAGACUGGGAACGAUCAGAAGAAGAAGGAGAUGUUUAUCAAGGUGCAGCGAGCGAUGGAAACCAUCACCAAGGGAACGUACGAGGACACGCGUCCGUCGGACGAGCACGUGGUGCGCGAGCGCGCUUUCGCCACCAUCGCUCGCUGCGGAUCGCUUUGGGGCCUCAUCGCCAUAUGGCUCGCACUUUCUAUCACCGCGGCGAUCGGGUACUUGAUCAGAAGGCGCCUCGCCAAGGACGACCCCGAGGCCGCCGAAGCUGAAAAUCAGCCGCGCAUGCACACUGGUCCAAGUUUCGUCGGCGCCGACAUUUUCGGCAUGGGAGAUCGUCGUCGCGCGCGUCGUCCGCACGUCGAUAACACCAACGCCGGCGGUGCGCGUGUUGUCGGGAACAUGCGCGUCGCCACGCCAUCCGGCCAGGCCCCGCGCAUCAUCUCCACGGGCCCGAGAGAGACGGACGCUUGGAACACCGGCAUCGCCGGCGCGGACGGCGGUCGCCUCACCUCGCGACGCCGCGCGACGGUCGUCUCCCCGGACGCCUCCGACGCGCCGCGAUAG